ACAGCCAGCCCUGAUUUGCUGCGGAGCGGCGGAGGCUCGCUCAGGGCACAGCCGGGCUGCGCUGCCGCUCGCUGCUGACGCGCGGCCACCGCCGCCGUCGCCGCCGGGAGCAGCCCCGGAGCCGCCGCCGCCGGGAGCAGCCCCAACCCGCUACUGCUGCUGCUGCCGCCGCCCCCAGAAUAACCAACCAUGACGACAGAGUCGGGAUCAGAUUCUGAGUCCAAGGACAAAGAACAGGACCAGCAAGAAGCCCCUGCACAGCCAGGGGCGGCGGCAGAGGUCCCACCACAGGAGCAACAGCAGCAGCAGCAACUGAGUGAAGAGCACCAAAACGAACUUGAGCAGUUCUCAGCUGUGGCAGCGCACAGCACACCGGUGAGGAAGGAGCAGCCCACAGACAAAGAACAGGAGUUUGCAGCUGCAAGUGCAAAACAGCUUGAAUAUCAGCAGUUAGAGGACGACAAGCUCUCCCAAAAAUCAUCAUCAAGCAAACUUUCCAAGUCUCCUCUAAAGAUUGUCAAGAAACCUAAAAAUAUGCAGUGCAAAGUGACACUCCUGGAUGGAUCUGAAUAUGCAUGUGAAGUAGAGAAACGUUCCAGAGGCCAAGUGCUAUUUGACAAAGUGUGUGAGCAUCUGAACCUGUUGGAAAAAGACUACUUUGGGCUAACAUACAGAGACACAGAAAACCAAAAGAAUUGGUUGGACCCUGCCAAGGAAAUCAAAAAGCAGAUCCGAAGUGGUGCUUGGCAGUUUGCAUUUAAUGUGAAAUUCUACCCUCCAGACCCUGCCCAGCUAUCUGAAGAUAUUACCAGGUACUACCUCUGCUUGCAGCUGAGGGAUGACAUCGUGUCCGGCCGGCUGCCCUGCUCCUUUGUCACCCUUGCCCUGCUGGGCUCCUACACUGUGCAGUCCGAGCUUGGUGACUACGACCCUGAUGAGUACGGCAGUGACUAUGUCAGUGAGUUUCGCUUUGCACCGAAUCACACUAAAGAGCUGGAAGAUAAAGUGAUCGAGCUGCACAAGAGCCACAGGGGAAUGACACCUGCUGAGGCUGAGAUGCAUUUUCUGGAGAAUGCCAAAAAGUUAUCAAUGUAUGGAGUAGAUCUCCAUCAUGCCAAGGAUUCUGAAGGAGUGGAAAUCAUGUUAGGAGUUUGCGCGAGUGGCCUCUUAAUAUACCGAGACAGACUCAGAAUAAAUAGAUUUGCCUGGCCAAAGGUUCUGAAAAUUUCAUACAAAAGGAACAACUUCUACAUCAAAAUCCGACCAGGGGAGUUUGAGCAGUUUGAAAGCACAAUUGGGUUUAAGUUGCCAAAUCAUCGUGCUGCAAAGCGCUUAUGGAAAGUGUGUGUUGAGCACCAUACAUUUUUCAGGCUCCUUCUACCUGAAGCACCUCCAAAGAAGUUCCUUACGCUGGGCUCCAAGUUUCGCUACAGUGGUAGGACACAGGCUCAGACGAGAAGAGCCAGCGCGCUCAUAGACCGGCCCGCGCCUUACUUUGAGCGGUCUUCUAGUAAACGUUACACGAUGUCUCGCAGCUUGGAUGGGGCAUCAGUGAAUGAAAACCAUGAAAUGUACAUGAAGGAUUCUGUGUCUGCUGCAGAGGUUGGUACUGGCCAGUACGCCACAACAAAGGGCAUCUCUCAGACCAAUUUGAUAACCACUGUGACUCCGGAGAAAAAGGCAGAAGAAGAGAAAGAUGAUGAAGAGGGCAAAAAGAAAAGAGCAGAGGAAGUCACCCCCAUCUCAGCAGUACGCCAUGACACAAAGCCACCUUUUCUUGGCACUGACUCACACCAGUCCUCGCCAUCCCCACAGCCUGGUCCCCAUGCAUCUUCAGCCAAGCUUCGCAGGAGAUGCAAGGAGAGUGCUCGAAAAAAGCCCUUAGGCUGCGAGUCACCCAAAGAGGGUGCUUCAAAGCAGGGGGAGGCAGAGCCGGACUCCGACAGAAAAGGGAGAGUUUGCUCCACGGAGCAAGACGUGGCUUUCGGCUAUAAGCAAAAAGCCGGCAAAGGCGGGACGCUGUUUUCCUUCUCCUUGCAACUUCCUGACUCAUUCCCUUCCCUCCUGGAUGACGACGGCUACCUGUCGCUCCCUAACCUCUCCGAAACCAACCUCCUGCCUGCCAGCGUGCAGCAUUACCUUCCCAUCCGCUCUCCCUCCCUCGUGCCUUGCUUCCUCUUCAUUUUUUUCUUUCUGCUCUCUGCCUCUUUCUCAGUGCCAUAUGCCCUCACUCUCUCCUUUCCUCUGGCUAUGUGCCUCUGCUACCUGGAGCCCAAGGCGGCCUCCUUGAGUGCCUCACUUGCCAAUGACCUGAGUGACAGUUCAGAGGAAGAGACUGACAGUGAGCAGACGGAUACUGCAGCUGAUGGUGAGACCACUGCCACCGAGUCGGAUCAAGAGGAGGACGGAGAUCUAAAGGCACAGAAUAGUCUGAUUAAGCGAAUACAGGGUGAAAAUGUGUAUGUCAAACAUAGUAAUCUUAUGUUAGAGGACCUAGACAAAACCCAGGAAGAUCUGAUGAAACAUCAGACCAAUAUAAGCGAGCUGAAACGAACCUUCUUGGAAACCUCCACAGAAACGGCUGUGUCUAAUGAGUGGGAGAAGAGGCUUUCCACAUCUCCCGUUCGGCUUGCAGCAAGGCAGGAGGAGGCUCCUAUGAUUGAACCACUAGUGCCUGAAGAGACCAAAGAAGAAAGAGAAAAAUCAGAAAAACUCAUAGUAUUGCAGAAAGGAGGUACUACAUUCCUUGAAAUGCAGCCAAGUGUGAUAGAGAAGAAGCUACAGGAAGGAGAAUCUGCUGACACUUUGGUUACUUCUCAUCAAAUCAUUAUCCAGAAAAGUAUCCCAUCAUCCCUAGAGGGCACUGAGGAUUGGGUUAUUAUAGACAAAUUACCUUCUGAGGUAGCUGAUGGUGAAUCGAAAAAAAGUGUGACAUACAAAGUGGUGACUGUGAGCAGUAAAGCUGGCAUUCCGCCUGAGGUACUAAAAUCCAGUACUGUUCUGAGCUUUGAGGACUUGGAAAGUGAAAUACAAUCCAAAGAUGAGAAUAAGCAGAAAAUGUUCACCUUAGGAAAGUCCUAUGAUGCUGUGUCUGGGAAAAUUGUUACCAUGACAAGUAAAACUAAAGAGGGAGAGAAAACAGUACAGCCUUCUGUAGAAGUUGUGCAAAAAAAGGAAACGGAAGCACAAGAAUCUGUGAAAAUCAUUCCAGUAUUGGCAAAGUAUGGGAUCAUAGAGCCUGUCACUGAGGAGAAGGCCAAUGUGCAGAGCGCAAAAAGAAAGCUGUCUGACUCACUGACACCUAUAAAGGAAGCGGAAUCCCAGUUGCAGAGUCCUGAAGAGGAGAGCUUGAAAAAGACACUAAGGAUGGACCAAGAUUUGCAGUUACUGGGAAGCUUGCAGCUUGGCAAAGCAGAAAAACACCUUGAUGGUGAAGCUGCAAAAGCAGGGGCAUUUGCCUGGAAAGAUAAAAGCGUGUCUGAGUGGAGAUACUCCAGAGAACAACCAUUUACCAUUGCUACUGCUCACUAUGUUACUGAGUCGUCUGCAUCAAAAGUAGUGACUAAACAGUCCACCGGUGAAAAAACCAUGGAUGGCUCAGAUAUCUUCAGUUUAAUAGAGUCCGCCAGAAAGCCAACUGAGUUCAUAGGAGGGGUUACUACUACUUCCCAUAGCUGGGCGCAGAGAAUAGACACGACGACAUCUCAGGAGGUAACUUCCAGUGAAUUGAAGCAAGCGGCUCAGCCACACCAGGAUGCAGUGACGAAGGUUGUACAGGAGACUGUGGUUAUCGAGGAGAGACGUGGGAUGAAUGUGCAUGCAAGUGGGGAUCCCGCUUCAGUGGCUGGACUUGCGGAUGCCCAGGCUCAGGCAGCAUCUGCUAGCGCAAAAGGGAAGGAGGGCUCUGCUGUGACUAAGGGGGCUAAAGAGGAAAAAAGGGAGGCUCACAAAGCUGUAACCAAACAGGAAGGCAUUGCUGCUGCUACUUCUCAUGAGCAAGAGGAGGAGCACAGUACAACAGUCCACGUUUCAGACUCUUUGGAAAGAAAACCUCGUUUUGAGUCACCAGUUGUGAAGACUGAAACAAUCAGUUUCAGUAGUGUUUCUACUGGGGGGGAAAACCUUGAAAUUUCAACAAAGGAAGUGCCAGUAGUCCAUACAGAAACAAAAACCAUUACAUAUGAGUCUUCACAGGUGGAUAGUGGUGCUGACUCAGAGCCUGGUGUGCUGAUGAGUGCACAAACUAUCACGUCUGAAACCACCAGCACUACAACCACUACACAUAUCACCAAAACUGUGAAAGGAGGCAUCUCAGAAACAAGAAUCGAAAAACGAAUAGUCAUCACAGGAGAUGCAGAUAUUGAUCAUGAUCAGGCGCUGGCUCAGGCAAUUAAAGAAGCCAAAGAGCAGCACCCUGACAUGUCAGUGACCAAAGUAGUGGUACAUAAAGAGACAGAAAUCACACCAGAAGAUGGGGAGGAUUGACCACAGGAAUAAUCUAGAUUGCAUAUGAAUCCAGACAUGCACACCCAUAGGAAUACGAGAGCCUCUAUGGAGUCUCAGUUCCAACCUGACUGACUUGUAUCUGUGUAUGGAAAAUUUCAGUACAGAAGAAUUGAUCUUGACCGUUAAUAAAGAAACUGGCAGAGAUCUCUUCCCAUAGAAAGCAAUCUGAAUCAGCAGCAGUUAUAUUGCAUGAAGCAACGAUAAAAUUACAGAAAAGCAGCAUUUUUAAUUUUCUUAAAAUGUCUAAGUUUUCAGCUAUACCUGCACGUUCAUAAACAAUAUAAACAGUGAUCUCAUGUAACACAUAAACAGUUCAUGCCUUUCACAGUUUAUGAAAGUCUAAACAGAUUAAAAUUUGUUAGGUGGCAAGCCUUUUGUUUACGGAUAAUUGUAAAUGAAGAUUACCCCCAAAAUGCUAGAAGCUCCAUAGGUACUGUGUAUAAUGUUUUACCACACAUUAGAUGUGCCAAUAACACGGUUUAUUCAGUAAACAACUUGAAUCUUAUAUUUGUUUCAUCUUGUUUUGUUACUGCCCGAUAAACAAUGACGAAUCUUUACUCCUAUCAAAAUAUUUAAAUGCUUACAAAGUGUGCUUUGUAUACCUGACUGAAUACCUUAUGAGGUAGUAAUGAUUUUAGCUUAUUAACUUUAACGAUUUUUGUCAGCGUUGUUCAGAGUCAGCUUCUGGUCACCCUUCACAGAUCCUAACCUUGUAAAUUAUAUGUAGUUAUUUUGGAAAAAAAAAAAAAUCUGUAUUUUACUUAGUUUGCAGCAUUAGAAAGUUAUUAAUCUAAAAUAACCACGAUGGUUUUCUAUUGAUUUCCCUUUUUGUUCUCAGAGGAAAAUAUCUGUUUGAGAAUCUGGUCAGCAUUUACUAUCUAGUUCAGAGUCAAGCCUUAACCUGUACAGAACGUCCACUGAAAACUCGUUAGUGUUCAGCUAUAAUACCCACUGAAGGGAUAGAGUCCAUUACACUGUCAGCUGCAUCACAACACAUGGUGAAUGUAUGUUUCUGCAUAGUGAAAUAAAAGUGGUAAAUGCAUCCAAAA